AUGGAAAAAGAUGAUCCAUCACUUGCAAUGAAAGUAAAAAAACUCUACAAAGAUAUUAAUCUUCAGGUCAUCAUCCUUGCUGGCACUGACACGUCAUCAGUGACAAUGGAACUCAACCACCCAGAAGUACUGAAGAAGGCCAGGGCGGAGCUGGACUCCUACGUGGGGCAAGAUCGCUUGGUUGACGAAGCCGAUCUCCCCAACUUGCAUGACUUGCAAGCCAUCAUCUCUGAGACCCUACGACUAUUCUCGCCGGGGCCGCUGCUUUUACCCCACGCGCCGUCCGCCGAUUGUACGGUGCUGUGGGUCAAUGCAUGGGCCAUUCACAGGGACCCCAGGGUCUGGGCCGAGCCCACGUGA